CCUUUCUGGCUUUGUCAUCUUUGUUCAAUACCCAUCCUCUUUGCCAUUAAUUUCCUGUUACACGAUCGACCUUGCUUCCAUUGCUUUUGUCAUUUCACAAUCGGGCUUUGAGCCUUUGAAGUUGGGACCCGUGCAACCCAGGUGCAACCCGUUCACGUCGUUCAUCUUUUCGGAAUGACGAUAAAUGCAAUACAAUAUCCGGUUGAUUUCCUUCCUAUGCUGCCUCGAGGGUAUCACGUUGUCAGAACUCCAAGAAUCGUCUGGCUUUACGCGGAACGCCGUCUCCCUGCACAAUGUAUCCUCUCCCGACGGGUACUUAAUCGACUCCAAAAGUCAUUCUUUCAGGCUCGCAAUUCAAGAGUCCUUUGGGUCUUCUUUGUCUCCUUUUGCGCUUUUUAGCGAGUUGACCGAGUUGAUCUACAUGCAUUCUGCUUACUGUCCAAGCGUGAGCGGCGCAGACCGGGAGACGCAGUGCAACUGGUCCAUAUUGAUCGUAACACUUCCACUGCGGGCUUCAAACUUUAGGCCUUCAGCUUCAGGGGUCGACCCUUAGCGGACAGCACAGGAUUUCCCUUGAUAUCCCUUGAUUUCGAUGGCAUUGGCUGUUCACGUUCAACCCGUGCAUGUGCUGCCAGCUGAUAAUAUUUCCUCUAUGUUUCAUUCAAGCCCUCAAACAUUGUGGACAUUCCGUAGUCCGGACGACAACCUUCAUAGAUUAUCC